AUGGACCGCAAUCGCACAGUCAGUGGCGGGCACUCCGACAAUGCGCCGUUGAUGAGUUCAGCCGAGCCGCCAGGUUACGAUGGUGGAGACGUAUCGAUGCAACACGUUGACGAUACAUCGUACUCACCACAGAUGGUACUGUCGCCUGAGAUCAUGGACUCCAAGGGCGGUGUCUACACAACUUUGAAUACCCCCAGCUCGACAUUCGACGUGGAAGACGGAACUCAUCACCACAAAAAUCACAAACAAAUCAAGCGUUUCGACCACCACGAAGCACGGAAGACACUACUGAAGACUGGAGCAAUGAAGCUCCUUGUAACACUGUUCUUCAGUGCAGCGAUCUGUGUCACACUCAAAUCGUGGGAAGGAUUCCGCGACCGCAUUGUCCUUUCCAAUCUCGAUGUCAGAAUCUUCAACUCACUCACGAUCGGUCUUUCGCUGUGUCUGGGUCUGAACAUCUUGGCUUCGUUGAAACACUAUGCAUCCGUGUUUCGAUGGUCUUUUCUUACUAGACGAUAUGUUAGUCUAGAAGUAUUCGACCUCAUCCUACACCUGAGCUCGCUUGCCAAGGUGACGAAGCUGAUGAUCAUCUCCUCACCUGGGUUUCGAGGCAAGACGUGGCUACGGAAGUUUAGCUGGUUCAAGGACGUUAGAGACGAUGGAACCAAGUGGAUGUGGCUUGCGUGUCUAGCUUGGCUGUCUCUCAACAUCGGCUCUCAAAUCUUGGUUGCAUUACUCAGUCUGUUCUGGCCAAUGGAGAAUUCGGAAAUCCCGCUCUUUUCCAAAGGGAACGUAACUGUAGCCGACAUGAACACUUGGUACAUUGGCGCUACCCCACCCGACAUCUCGGAUGACUAUUCCAGCGAGAGCGAGCUCGAGGCGGCUUGGAUGUACGGCACGGAGGCCAUGACUUACCCCAACUUCACCUUCACAACCCCCGAGGCUAUGGUGACUGAUCUAUCCGGCUUACCAGGCACACCCAUCUACAAAGGCGACAACGCCUGGCAUUAUCGCUUCUUCAACCGCGAGCCAACGCAUCCGUGGAUCAAUUACGCAGCCAGCUCCCGCAAUAUUACCGUGCGGGCGACCUGCGAACAACUUGACUUGAAGGAUGGCAAGGUUUAUGAUGUAGGUGAUGAUCCUUUGUACAUCAUGGCAAAAAAGCAAGGCGAAACAGAAUUUGUCAGAUACAACGUUACCGAACAAGCUAGUGGAUCUGUCACCUGGAUGGCAUCAGUGUAUGAGAACUGUGGUACGAGAUGUACAAAUUUCACCGUCAUGCAACUGCCAGACAGCCGUCGUGUAAACAACACGUCGCUAUUCCUCUGCAACAAUACCCUCGAAGAAGUGGUAUCUGGCCACGCCAAAAACGAUAUCGUACUGCGCGACCGCAAGGAUACGGAUGCAGUCUGGGGUAGCUCUGACUUUGCUCGUAUAGCGGCUGGGGCAAUCGGCUGGACAGGCAUUCCCUGGAAUGGCUGGGAAGACCGACAAACACGAUCCUACAGCCAGGGCUCCAAAUUGUCACCAGCACACGAGAUCGCCAAGGAGGAGGUUGAGGAAUUGCUAAUGCGCUUCACGAUCGGUGCCGUAGCCGCGUUCGACGACCACGGCAUCCGCUAUAAUGUCACCGGCCAAACAGUCGUUCCCUCGCAAGGUCAACAACUCAACGUAGAUUGGUCGUACAUUUUUAGCAUUCUAGGCGGAAUAUGCUUCAUCCAAUUCCUGGCACUCUGUCUGUUGGGUAUCUUUGCAAACCGCACGAUUGUGCGUGAUGAGAGUUUCUUUAGUAUGGCUAUGUUGUUGAACCCCGUUGUGAGCCGCAUCAAUGGCGAGUCGGCUAUGGUUAUGAGUGGGGAUGAGAUUAAAGAUGCCAGGGCGCUUAGGUUCAAGAAGAUCAAGUAUGACUACCAUGAGGGAGGAAAGGGGGAGCCGAAUCGCGUCGCUAUCUUCUUUGAGGGUGAGGAUCGCAGGGAGAGUCGGAAGAGUUGGGCGGCGGGGAGUUACAGUUAG